AUGGUGGACUUCCGCUUGCCCCACUGCCUCACUCCCACCACUUUUUUGCAUCUAGCACUUUCAGCACCUGCUUCUCCUACACCCCACAUCUGCCCCACUGAUUCCCUGCCCCGCUACACACUCCGCACCUGCUUCUCCUACCAACCACCAACGUUCGCCCCUGCAAUGCAGGCUGCUGCGCGCUGCUCACGGGUGACCUGCGGUGCUGCUGGGUUCCCCGCGGUGACGUUGUUGCUCAAGGACAAGGUCAGUCUCAGGUUGCUCAGGUUGACUCAGCUGACUUUUCUGGAGAGUCACCUGCAAGAGGCUCAAGGAUGCCUGCUGACUCUCGACACCGAUGACCCACCGGUGGGUCACGGGUGUCUCUAUCGCAAGCAAGUUUCUAACAGCUAUGCCCCCGGGGGGUGUUUUCCUAGAUCAUCUGUAUCCCCUCUUCUCCCUUAUCGCCCAUCCGCCCUUCCCCUGUCACCCAUCCGCCCUUCCCUUGUCACCCAAACGCCCCUUCACGCCCCCUCCCUGCCUCUCAUUGUCAUGGCCUCCAAGUUUGUUGGAGUGAGUACCUCGCACAUUCUUUCCCUUUCCCGCUCUUCCUUCUCCCCCUAUUCCCACUUCUCCCCCUUCCCUUUCUCCCCCUUCCCUCCCCCCCUCCCUUUCGAGCUCUCUCCCCUUCUCCCGCUCUUCUGUCUCCCAUUGGUGAUGCUGAGAUAA